UCCCUUUCCGUUGUGGGGCGGAAGGAAGCUGCGGCCCCACAGCGAGGCGGCAAAUCAUGGGCGGCCCCACAACCUGCCUCAUGGGGGUCCUGAUGGGGGUUGUCCUGCCCCCCACCUGGUGCUUCCAGCUCCAAGUCACCCCACAGCGGAUCCUGGAGCUGCCCGGGACCCCCAGCUUCGGUUAUGGGGUGCUGGCCCUACAAGGGGGACGGGUGGUUGUGGGGGCGCCGGCUGUGGGGCGGCUGUACGGAUGUGGGGCGCAGAGCGGGGAGUGCACGGAGCUGCAGCUGGGGGGGAACCGCAGUGCUGCCCAUAUGGGAAUGGCAUUGAGCCGCCACGGGAACAACACCAUUGCCUGCGGCCCAGGGCUACACAUGGAGUGUAACCAGAACGUCCACGUGGGGGGGGUCUGCGCUGUGCUGGACCCACAACUGCAGCCCAUAGAGCUGAUGGAGCCCGGCCUGCAAGGCUGUGUUCCCGGAGCCGUGGAUCUCGUGUUCCUAUUUGACGGUUCCGGCAGCCUCAGCUCGGAGCAGUUCGACGCCAUCUUGGAUUUCAUGCGCGACGCCAUGGAGCAGCUGCACAACUCCUCCUUCCAGUUCGCAGCAGUUCAGUUCUCAGACUCCCCGUUGCCGCUGUUCUCGUUCCGCGAUUACUCGCAGCGGCCGCAGCCCCGGGAACUGCUGAGAAACGUGGAACAACUGGGGGGACUCACAGACACCUUCCAGGCCAUCGACUACGUGGUUGAUCACAUGUUCAGCCCCGGAUCCGGUUCCCGCCCCUGGGCUCGUCACGUGAUCCUCAUCGUCACCGACGGCGACGCCACCGACAGCGGCACCGUCAGCAGCGCCGAGAGGAGGGGCAUCCUGCGUUACGUCAUCGGGGUGGGCCGUAACUUCCGUUCUGCCCGGAGCCGGGCGCUGUUGGAGCUUUUGGCGUCGUCGCCCAGCGAACAUUUUGUGACGGUGCUGGAUGAGUUCGAGCGGCUCAGAGGGAUCUUCAGCCAACUGCAGCAGCGCAUCUACAACAUCGAGG